AUGGGCAUCCCGCACCUCUACACACAUCUCCGCCCCUACGCCCACCCCGAGACCUUCCCGCCGAGUCCCCCCGCGCCGCCCACGCCCCUCUUCAUCGACGGCCCGGGCCUCGCGCACCACGUCUACCAGCUGGCGCUCUGCAGCACCCCGCAGGCGUCGGGCAACCCGUGGGAUGCAGCGCUGAGCUACAGCACCUUCCAGACCGCGCUCAUCCGCUACCUCGACGAGCUCUCCGCCGCGCAGCUGCACAUCCGCAAGAUCUACUUCGACGGGCACCUCCCCGCCUCCAAGCGCCCCACGCGGCACUCCCGCCUCGACGACGCCCUCCGCCGCCUCAAGUCCUACCACUCGCUGCACGCACACUCCCUCCCCACCCGCGCCACCCCUCCACCGCCCUCCGCACCCGCGUUCACACAGCACGCAGUCUGCACCCCGCGCACAACCCCGCUCUCCGCGCCCCCGUUCAUCCUCUCCGCCACCAUCGACGCCCUCACCUCCCACGCCACCUACACCUCCACCGUGUCCACCGUCCCCGCCGAGGCCGAAUCCUACUGCGCGCGCGACGCCAUCAACACCGGCGGCAUCGUGCUGACAGGCGACUCCGACCUCCUCCUCUUCGCCGCUGCACCACAGCAGCAGCAGCAGAACAACGGCUGGGGCGUAAUCAUGUUCCGCGACGUGACACUGACGUUCCCAGGCGCCGUGUGCGUCGUGUUCCGGCCGUGCGCGAUCGCGGGCACGCUCGGCGUUGACCUGGCGUUUCUGGGGUAUCUGUUGCAGGCGGACCCGCACGCGACGUUUCCCGUGCUGCAGCAGCGCGUCAGGAGGAUCGAGGAGCGGAAGCGCAGUGGGGUGGCGGUGGGCGAGUAUGGGAAGGGCUGGCGGGAGUUUAGGGCGAGUUGUUGGAUUCGAGGGGGCGGGGAGAGGAAGGGCAGGGGAAGGGGCAGGCGGGAGGAUGUGGCUGCCGUUUCUGUGGGAGGAUCCGGGGAGGGGAGUGCGUGGGACGCGGGGAGGGCGGUGAGGGCGGGUGCGUAUGGGCUUGUGUUUAAGGAGGGUGUCAUGGAGGUGUGUCGCCGCGGGCAGAGGAUCUCGGAGGCGUUUAUACGCUCUAUGGAGUCGGCGGGGGUGUUGAAGAGGUUGGUUAGGGGUGGAGAGGACCACUGGUGGGUCAGGACGAUAGUGGAGGAUGUCGUUGGCGUGUAUGAAGACCGCGGGCAGACACCGCCGGAAAGGAGUCUCUUGGAGGGACUGGCGUAUAUGCUCUCGGCAUCAUCAUCACCAACAGCAGUCGCAGAACGGUCAGGACCGCGGAGGUGGACGUGGGAGAAGGUGCAGGUGUUUGCGAUGGCGCAGGCAGCGUGGUACUCGCUGCUCGUGUUGAAGGAGGUGUUGGCUGCCACGGGGAAGGACCAGUUCGAGGCUUUCCCUAGCGUAGCAGAGUGUAUAGAUGGCAGCCGGUUCCUGGACGGAGUGACAUUAGCUGGGGAGAACGAGAAAAAGGUGGUGAGAGAGGUGAUGGCGGCGUAUUAUGCCCGCAUACGAAACGCUGAUGACGGGGAAGACAUAGACAUAGACACACCAGGGAACGGAAACGGGAAACGGUCGAGUAGUCGGGAACUGCUCGCUGGGGCCAGCAGCGAGAAGAAGAAGAAGAAACGGGGGAAAGGCAAGAAGCUGGGCGAGAGUUCGAAUACUGUAGAUACUGGGAAUAUCUUUGAGGUUUUGGCGGACUAA